UUGUUCGCAACGGCAACUGGAGCCAUUGGCUACGCGCUCGCGAAACGCAACGGCGCGUCGCCAAACUCGAAAGUCAUCCUACACGACAGUAGGUUGCCGGCCGUCAGAUACGCCACGUUGAACGACAUGAAGAGAGCGGUUGACGAAAUUCGACGGGAGCUAGGUGAUACAGAAGACGUCAUCUCGACCGAGCCAGAAGACCUCGUAGCCCACGGAUACUCUGAAUGGUCUUCCGUCAACCUCGACACUCUUCCAGUGGCUGUGGCUUACCCUCGCAGCACGGAGCAAGUCAGCACAAUUGCUCGUAUCUGCCACAAGUGGCGAGUGCCUAUUGUUCCCUUCAGCGGAGGCAGCAGUGUCGAAGGCCACAUCACGGCACCUUUCGGUGGCGUGAGCCUUGAUUUCGUUCAUAUGGAUAAGAUUGUGAAGUUUAACAAAGAUGACAUGGACAUCGUGGUACAGCCAGGCAUAUGCUGGACAGAUCUCAACACCCAGCUGGCGAAGUUGGGCAGCGGUCUCUUCUUUCCCAUCGACCCCGCCCCCAGCGCCAAGGUGGGAGGUAUGAUAGGAACCAACUGCUCAGGCACGAAUGCAGUCCGUUACGGCACGAUGAGAGACUGGGUCAUCAACAUGACCGUAGUCCUUGCAGAUGGAACCGUCAUCAAGACUCGGCGCCGACCGAGAAAGUGCUCUGCGGGGUACAACAUCAACGGCAUCAUCGUCGGUUCAGAAGGCACACUUGGGAUCGUCACAGAAGCAACUCUAAAGCUUGCCGUUGUCCCACACCACUUCUCAGUUGCAGUCGUUCCUUUCGGGAGUAUCAGACAGGCCGUCUCAGCUGCGGCAGACGUCAUACGGGCCGGGGUGCCAGUCGCGGCCCUAGAGUUAAUGGACGAAGCUCAGAUGCGUAUCGUGAAUGAGGGGGGAGCCACGAGGCCGAGAGUAUGGCAGGAAAAGCCAACCCUAUUUUUCAAAUUCUCCGGUACUCAAGCUUCCGUCGACGACAACAUCCGCAGUGUCCAGCAAAUCGUAAAUCCCCGCCAACCGGGCACUUUCGAGUUUGCCAAAGACGAGCAUGAGCAGAAAAUGUUGUGGUCGGCUAGGAAGGAAUCGCUUUACUCCUUGCUCGCCAUGCGCAAGGAGGGCGAGGAGCUGUGGAACACUGAUGUUGCGGUCCCUCUCAGUCGGCUGGCCGACAUCGUCGAGGCCAGCAAGGAGGAAGCACAGAAACUUGGCCUCAACGCCUGUAUCAAAGGUCACAUCGGCGACGGCAAUUUCCACGAAAACAUAACCUACAACAAGACCAUACCCGAAGAAGCCGCCAAGGCCCAGCUCGCCGUCAAAAACAUGGUCGCGCGCGCCCUGGAGAUGGAGGGGACCUCAACAGGUGAACAUGGAAUAGGUUUGGGAAAGAAGGAAGCCCUGCUGUCCGAAGUAGGAAAUGAUACGAUUACCGUUAUGAAGCUGAUCAAGGGGACCCUGGAUCCAAACUGGAUCUUGUAA